AUGUCUGUGAGACAAAGCUACCUGCGCCAACGUCCAGGCCAACGGCGGUUCCUGCACCUACCCCGCGUGCGGCUGCGCCGAGCCACCGAAGAGCAAGUAAAUUUGACCAGCAUGAGCUGGCUGCAGAUAAUUCUGGUGGGCGGUCGGGCUCGUUCUGCAGUCGGUCGAUUCAGUACAGCGCUUCAAGACCUGCGCAUCCGUACUAGGAGCACAGAUUCAUCAUGCAUCCAUGAUAGCGUCUCACCUACUAUGACGGGUGUGAGAUCCCCUGCCUACCGACUUCCAGCCGGCCGUCCAUGGCUUCACAAUCCGCUCGUACUGACGUUGCAUAGCAUGACCAUCUUCAUUCUUCGAUUCGUUCUUGGCUUAAUCAUUGUGGCCAUCUCACUCGGGACGUCGAACCAUCGGGUGGAUCGCUGUUCCACCUGUCGGUGGUGUACAGCCACAUGCGUCAGCGGGGCCGGCGUUCGGACUGGCGAUAGAGGUUUGCAACCAAUCUUUGGGCGAGCAUUGGGGGCACGCAUGUAUCCUGCACGAUCUGGGAGGGGGGGAGACGCCCAGGAAGAGCCCGGCGAGCAUUCAAGUUGUGGGCGCGACAAGGAAGUAAUGGAGACAGUGCUCGAUGACCUGUUCACGCCGGAACGUGCUGUAUGUUUGGACGAGCAAGAAAUGAACACGAGAAGGCUGCCGGAACCAGAGGGAACUGGCAUCUGCACAGACGACCCAGGCACCAACGAGAAAGACCCGGACAAGCAGAACAGUAUACUGCGUGCUGACGCAGUCGGCGAGCGGACCGCGGGCACGCUAGCAAAGGAAAGGCAAGGAAGAUGCGUGCAGAUGCAUGCGAGCAAGCGAGCUAAAUGCGGACCCAACAGGCACACCGCUGAGGACAGGGCGAGCGGAACAGGAAAGAACGGGCGAGGGCGAGUGGAGGACGGUGGGCGAAGACGAGGCAGCAGCGGCGGCGGCGGCGGCGGCGGGCAGGGCCGGCGAGCAUGCAGGGCGAAUGACCUGUGUGCAAGCGCAGCCUGCCAGCGGAUCACAGCCGAGUGUGCAGAUGAGAGCAAGUGCGAGCAGACGGUGGGAAUGGGAGGGGAGGGUCAGAGGAUAGUAGGGACAGGCGAACGCGAGGGUGGGCAAAUCGCGGAAACGGGCGACUGUGAGGGCGAGCAAGCGGGAGGAGGAGAUGGUGGUAGUGGAGGAGAGAACGGCGGGUGCGGGCGCAAGUUGUCCAGCCCGCGCAUUCAACAGGUAGGGUCGUAUCAUUGCGUGAAUGUUAGGGUUGAAGCAGCAGAUCAUCCGGUGCCAGUGAUUUGUGCAAUCAGAAUCACAAGUACUGUUCUGAGCUGCAUACUGGGACCACUGGGCGCCGGUGCGGUAUUGUAUGCGUACGUACCUCAAGAGAAGGUAUUGUGUACCAUAACGGAUGUUCCAGGCUCUAGUGUCAUGACGGGUACCUGGGGCGGUGGGCGGUCGCCAUGGUUCAGAGCAAUUAACGCAGAUCGUUCAAUCUCCGCAAUUGAAUGUGACCAAGCGUCAGAAUCUUCACUUUCCAGGCCCCUCCUGGACGUGCUCCCGACCAGGGUUGCGCUUGGCACGUUGUCCAUCAAAGUGCGGAAGGAUAGGGAAUGCUCAGUCGGGUUUCCUCUUUCUUCUCCGUUUUUGACUCAGCAAAAACUCAAGUAUGGUUGA